AGCACAGGCGGGGACUCGCACGUGGCCACUGUAGAAACUAGCAUGAAAGCCAAGAGAAUGAACGGAGAAAGCAAGAACGGCACAACGGUCAAGCGAGAGAGUUCGGACACGCCGCAUCCACAGCAUACAGGUGCGUACGGGAUCCGUCGGUACAAAUAUGUGGGCCAUAAUUCAGAAGGAAACCGCUUCAUCC